CACCAUCAAAAGUAAUGAGAGGGGUGUGGGGGUGUGUGUGAGUGAGUGAGUAAGUAACAGUGCAGUCUGGGAACACAACCUCACCGCUGUUACAGAGGAAGGAAACUGACGCAACUGACCGUCGCGAGCUCCAGUGUAGAUGAACUUUUAGACUCGGAGUUAAAUUAACGAGUGAAACUGGACGGCACGUGACUAUGAACACGCGGACGCAGUAACUCGACAGUUUACAGUUCGUUUUUAUGUUGUUUUUUUUUGCUUCGGUGUUAAUUUUUUGACAAACAACACAGAAAAGGAAGCGUGCGAGGAGCGGAUACACGCGCAACUCUUCCGCACCGGAAACUCUCGAAAACUUAUACAUUUUUGGAGCUAUUUCUUGCACAUAAAAAAAACCCUGCGUUUGGAAAUGCUGCAGUUCUCAUGAAGGACUACCUAUUUCCACUCUUAAACUCAGUAUAGAGUAUAAAGUAAAAAGUACAGACAACCAAUGGCUUCUCAGGGGCCGGGACGCAAGAGAACUCCCAACAGAAAUGCAGUGACUCCGGAGGAAGAUGCGUUAAAUGUGAUCGCAAGAGAGGCUGAGGCGCGGCUGGUAGCUAAGAGGGCUGCCAGGGCAGAGGCUCGUGAGAUCCGCAUGAAGGAGCUGGAGAGACAACAAAAAGAGAUUUAUCAGGUCCAGAAGAAAUACUAUGGACUGGAGAACCUGGACAACAAAUGGGGGGACAUUGAGCAGUGGAUGGAGGAUAGUGAGCGGUAUACACGCCACUCACAGAGACAUGUUUCGUUGUCAGAUGAUGAAGAAUGUAUGUCAGUGGGGAGCAGGAGCAGUGUGCGGUUGGAUUUGGAUUCAGUUGGUGCACAGGCUGGGCUAUCCCAUACAUUGUAUUCACAUUCUCACAAGAGCACAAAGAAGAAGAAAAAGAAGUCGAAGCACUCUUCAGAUAUUAAUAAUGGCUACAACAAUGAUUACAGCACAAUUUCCAGUCGGGGAUCUUUAUAUGAAAACAGUCUCUGCAGUAACUCUCUGCGCUCCAGUACCCGUACUUUGUCUGAGUAUAGUGGCCAUUUGGGCUCAAGCUCCAGAACAUCAUCCAGGGCGAGUUCCAGAUGUGCAAGCCCAGUGGAAAAUAGCAGCAGCUCAGUGGCCAGUAUUUUGCGAAAGGCAGCUAGCAGCAGUGGCCUUUCCAGAGACUUGGAUCAUGUGACCAUUCCUGACAUGCCAAACUUGGAUGACUCAUUGGACAGAGAUUUUUUUGAGAAGGGUUCCUCUCGAGCAUCUACUUUAUCCAAUGCCACUCUGACUUCACUGGGCGGGGCUUCCUCACGCAAAGGAAGUGGCAGUUCAUCUGUCACUGCAGAUACAGAGGCAUCCAUACAGGAUAUUAAGGAGAUUCAUGAACUUAAGGAUCAGAUCCAUGAUGUGGAGGCCAAGUACAUGCAAAGCCUCAAAGAAAUCAAGGAUUCUCUGGCAGACAUGGAGGGGAAAUAUCGCAAGGCCAUGGUGUCCAAUGCUCAGUUGGAUAAUGAGAAAUCCAAUCUGAUGUAUGAGGUGGACACUUUGAAAGACUCUCUGAUGGAGCUGGAGGAGCUUUUGGCUGAGACUCGGCGAGAGUGUGAGGAGAAGAGUAAGGAUCUGGAGCGAGAGAAGCAUGCCCACAGUAUACUCCAGUUUCAGUUCAGCGAGCAAAAAGAAGCAUUGAAACAAAGUGAAGAGCUCCUGACUGAGAUACGUCAUUUACACAUCAAACAAGAGGGCUUUGUUAGGGAGAUUUCUGACCUGCAGGAAACUAUUGAAUGGAAGGAUAAAAAAAUUGGGGCCUUAGAAAGACAGAAGGAGUUUUCUGAUGCCAUUCGAAAUGAGCGGGAUGAACUCCGGGAUGAGGUGGUUCAACUCAAAGACAUUUUAAGGAAACAUGGCAUUGUCCUUGGACCAGACUUGCGCACCAAUGGGGAAGUGGAAGAAAAUGUGACCAGUGGAUCAGCCUGCACUGAAUUGCAACAAGGGAGCAGUGUAUUAGGCACUCAGGAGUUGCAGCUGUUUAGAGGUGAAAAUGUAGGGGGCUCCAGAGGUGGCCAGUUCCAACACCCAAAGGAUUUUGACCAUGGAAUUCAAGAGAAUCACCUGCCUACAUCUGCCUCUGGCAAUUCUUCUGAAUCUCUUUUAGUAGCACAAAAUGAUGAUGUGGGUCUUGGAAAUGAUAUAAAUAACAGCACAGAGAAAAUUCAGAUUAAUGUUGAAAAACCUCAGAAUGUUUUUGUGGUUGAAGCAGAGGAACAUGUUGUAUUGGAAAUUUCAAAAGGUAAUGUAGCACCAGAACCUGUUGCAAUUUUUAUGGACGGUAUGAGGACAGAUCAGCAAGAGAGUUCACUGUAUGUUAAAAGAAGUGAGACUAUCAAAGAGGGAAAUACUGAUUCCACAGAAAAAUCCACCUGUGAGAUAUCAGAAAAAGAUGGAGAUCACUUAGAUGAAACUGUGGCUGGAGAUUCUCAGAUCAGAAUGGUUUCUGACAGUUUGCCAUCAGCAAAAAUAGAUACAUCAUCACAUUCUCAAAGUGCCAGUGUUUCAGGAAAAAAGAAGAAGAAGAAAAAGAAAAGUAAACAGAAACAAAAGCAUAGUUGUGAUGAAAAAGAGGUUCAUUCAGAAAUAGGGGACAAGAAUGAAAACCAGCUCAUAGAGAGCAGUUCAGUUCAGACUGUAGAGUCAGUUUCAGAGUAUAACUCUAUACGUUCAGAGGAAGCAACAAUAAAUGAGAAAGUUUCAGAUAAUGUGAAUAUUAAUGAAAGGACUGACCUGAUGCACAAAGGAGCAGAAUCCCUAGAACUACAAAGCCCUAAUACCGGCCCUGGAAACAUUUUAGGACCAAUCAUUAAUUGGACUGAUUGCACAAGCAGCACUGACUCCAUCCCACCUUUGGACUCCAAAACAGAAAUUAAUAUUGAAAUCCCUACUUAUGGCUUUCCAUUGGAAAUUACUACUGGUGAGUUAAAUGCUUCUAAUGGCAAAUACAAAUUGCUAAGCAACACUGAUGACGCUGGGCCAAAAGACAUUGUUGCUGUCUGUGCUGAUUUUCCUGACUCUGAAAACUCUUCUGAGGUAAACCUUGAGAAAGAUAUAACUGAAACUACCAAAGAUGUAGUAAAAAUAGAAACAGUUGAUGAGAUUAUUCAUCUUGAUGAAACCAGUGUAGAAACUUCCACAGACACACAGCUGGAUGACACAUUAGAUCCAGCAGAAGUACUAAAAGAAGAGCAAGAAACAUCGAGAGACACACAGCUGGGUGACACAUUAGAUACAGCUGAAGUACCAAAAGAAGAGCAAGAAACAGACACAGACACACAGCUGGGUGACAAAUUAGUUACAGCUGAAGUAUCUGAACCGGAACAAGAAACAUCCACAGACACAGAGCUGGGUAACACAUUAGAUACAGCAGAAGUACCAAAAGAAGAGCAAGAAACAUCCACAGACACACAGCUGGGUGACACAUUAGUUACAGCUGAAGUACCAAAAGAAGAGCAAGAAACAGACACAGACACACAGCUGGGUGACAAAUUAGUUACAGCUGAAGUACCAAAAGAAGAGCAAGAAACAGACACAGAGCUGGGUGACACAUUAGUUACAGCUGAAGUACCAAAAGAAGAGCAAGAAACAUCGAGAGAGACACAGCUGGGUGAAGCAUUAGUUACAGCUGAAGUACCUGAACAGGAACAAGAAACAUCCACAGACACACAGCUGGGUGACACAUUAGUUGCAGCUGAAGUACCAAAAGAAGAGCAAGAAACAGACACAGAGCUGGGUGACACAUUAGUUACAGCUGAAGUACCAAAAGAAGAGCAAGAAACAUCCACAGACACACAGCUGGGUGACACAUUAGUUACAGCUGAAGUACCAAAAGAAGAGCAAGAAACAGACACAGAGCUGGGUGACACAUUAGUUACAGCUGAAGUACCAAAAGAAGAGCAAGAAACAUCCACAGACACACAGCUGGGUGACACAUUAGAUACAGCAAAAGUACCAAAAGAAGAGCAAGAAACAUCCACAGACACACAGCUGGGUGACACAUUAGUUACAGCUGAAGUACCAAAAGAAGAGCAAGAAACAUCGAGAGACAUACAACUGGGUGAAGCAUUAGUUACAGCUGAAGUACCUGAACAGGAACAAGAAACAUCCACAGACACACAGCUGGGUGACACAUUAGAUACAGCUGAAGUACCAAAAGAAGAGCAAGAAACAUCCAUAGACACACAGCUGGGUGACACAUUAGUUACAGCUGAAGUACCAAAAGAAGAGCAAGAAACAUCGAGAGACACACAGCUGGGUGAAGCAUUAGUUACAGCUGAAGUACCUGAACAGGAACAAGAAACAUCCACAGAUACACAGCUGGGUGACACAUUAGAUACAGCAAAAGUACCAAAAGAAGAGCAAGAAACAUCCACAGACACAGAGCUGGGAGAAGCAUUAGUUACAGCUGAAGUACCAAAAGAAGAGCAAGAAACAUCGAGAGACACACAGCUGGGAGACACAUUAGUUACAGCUGAAGUACCUGAACAGGAACAAGAAUCACAGGAGCCAACACGCAUAGAUCAGGAAUUCAGUGUAGAAGAGGAUGAAGGUGAGGUGGAGUCUGGAGAAUCUUUUGAGUUUAAUAUGGAGGUUAACGGGUCAGAAGGAAAUUUGCUUGGAGAUACCGAGUGUCAGCAAGAACACAAAAGCAUUUCCAGGUACACAGAGCAGUCUUGUACAACCAGUGAACCACAGGAGCUGGCAGAUGCUGAAGAGGGACAUGAAGACCAAAAGUUACAGACAGAUGAACAGAAUGUCUCAAUAGAAAGAGACAAGGGUGUGGAUCAGAUAGCCACAACAGAGAACGAUCAUAACAAAUGUCAGCAACAAUUUAUAACAGGAAAAGAUGAACAAGGAUCUCAAGACCAUGAAGAAAUCAUACAUGUUGAGCACUAUGAAAGCGCCAAGCAGGAAGCAAGUCCAGCAAAUCUUGUACAGGUCCUUGAUGAUCCUCUUCCUGAGACAGGAGAGUUAGACCAGGAGGCCACUAGUGUCAUUCCACAAGAAGAAGGUCAGAAUAUGGGAGAGCAGGAAAUCAGGGAGUUCAAAGAGGGUACAUCUAAGAGAAACAAGGAGGAUGCAAAGAAUGGCUCCAAAAAGGAAAGCAAGAAAGGAAAGGGGAAGACUAAAGAGGACUGCAAAAUGUCUUAAUACUGUGCCAAAAGAUGUUACCAUAAAAGUAAAUAAUGAAGUCUUAAAAAGCCUAACUAAAACCCACUUCAAUGAGAAUUUGUUUGAAAAGCUUCUAAUCCUGAAUAAUUUCAUGAAUGCAGGAAAAUCAAGUCACACAGUGUGUAUUAUAUUUACUUAAAUCUAGACCAAAAUUAUCUUUAAGAACGAAACUCUAUCUUUGCACAUUGCACUGAAUUGUACUUAAACAGACAGCUCAUUUAAGUAUUGAAAUGUUUUGCUGUGUGAGAUGGAUGUAGGUUCCAAUAGCAGGAUUGUGCGAGAUGUAGACAUUUCUAAAAAUGUCAAAACACAUUGCAGAUUUGUUUAAUGACAUUUGGAGCUCAAUGAAAUUCAUGGCUUAUUUAUUUUCUAAUUAUUAUUACUGUGGUAGUUUACAUGCUGUUUACAUACUGUAAAGAUUGUGCAGCAUUUUACUACCUUUUUGCACAUGAUAAUAAAAAUAAUUAAAA